AUGGCAGCCAACGUCAAUGCUGAAGAGGAGCUGCGGCUAUUAGAAGAGGCCUCACGCGUGCUACCUGCGGACGUGCUGGAAUUAGUGAAGGCCAAGCCGCCGCAAGAGCGGCUGGUGCUUCUGCGUGCACUGGUGCAGGCAGUCGACGUUGAGUAUGGCCAGCUGACGCCGAAGGACUGGGCCGCCGUGAAGCGCGAUCCCGAGCGUUUCGGCUUCAAGCCCUCAGACCUGCCUGAUGGGCUGGACGUCGGCCAAUGCAUCGCGCUGGCGGCGCGCAGCGGCGGCGCGGGCGGCCUCAGCGGCGGGCAGCAGCUGUGCGCAUUCUUGGUUGCAACGCUGGAGCCGCUGCAGAGCUCGCGGCGGCGGCAGGUCGGCGGCAGCGGGAGAGAUGGCGAGUCGGAUCCCUGGGCGCGCGGGCGCGACCCUGCUGGCUGCGCCGGGGCGCAUUUGGCAGCUGGUUCGUAUGCUGACGAGGACGUGGCGGCGGUCGUCCAGGCGCUGUCAGGCGCCGGCGCGGAUGCGGCGGCGGCAGGCGCGCCCGACGCAGUCGUUUUCGCAGCCCCCGGCGACGGCGCGGCGGGUCCUGUGGACGGGGCGGCGCCGGCGCCCGGUCCCUCGGAGGGGCGCGACACGUCAGCAGGAGCGGCCGUGCGGCUGCCGAAACUCGGCAUCGCGCUGCAGCUGCUGGGUGUCGAUUACGAGUUCCGGCGGCAGGGCAUUGCGGGGUCUCUCAUGGACCUCCUGGGCAACGUGGCGGCGGAGGCGGGGGCCGGCGUGGUUUGGCUGUGGGCCGCGCGGCACAAUCCCUCCGCGCUCGCGUUCUGGUUGGGCCGGGGGUUUCAAGAGACGCGCCACGAGACCUCCAGCCCGGCCGGCGAUUUCGUGCUGAUGCUGAGGCGGGAGGACGCGACGCGGCCGAUAGAGGGCACGGGCAGCAGCAGCAGCAGCAAUGGCGGCCGCGGCACGACGCAGAAGCCCGGCGGGUUCGGGGCUGGAGGAGGCGGCGGCGGCGCCAAGCGGCGGGUUUGGGGCCGGCCGGAGCAGAGGUUGGCCCCGGCAGCGCGGUGGAACUCGAGUGUCGAGGUCGUCCGCUCCAAGCACACGCCCGCGGCGGCCGCUGAGUCAUUGGCCAACAUCCUGCCGGUCUCCAGCCUCUGCAGCCGCGACGCGCGCGGCGCGACGGUGACGCGCGCCGCGGGCGCCGGCGCGUUCGACGCCCUGCACCACCGGGACCACGCCUUCACGCGCGGCGACGCGACGACGGGGUGGGAGCACGCGACGUCCACGGGCCCGCCCGAGCAGCGGCGCUGGCUGGCGGUGCUGGACGGGAAGGUGUCGGGAAGCCGCGAGCGGCGGGCCAAGUCGGUGCCGCGGGAUUAUAAGACGCUGGUCGCACGGCAGCAGGAGUUUUCGGACGCGUUGAGGGGCGCCAGGCAGGCGCGGGUUGAGGAGCGGCGGACGUGGGCGCGCUCUUUUGGGCCGGAGGGCGCGGCCGCGAUGGAGCGCGCGGCGGCGGCCGAGGCGGCGCGGGCGCGGAUGGGCGCGGGGCCGCGGCCGCGGCCGAGGGUGCGGCCGAGCGCGGAUGAUCUGAGGGGCGUGGCGGCGCUGCCAGAUAUGGGGUUGCUGUUGGAUGACUGA